AUGACGCACCUUCCGCAGCAUCCAAGCCAUGUACAGGACACCUGGUGGCAAAGCUACGAGAGAAGAAUCGACGACAAAUUCGAGUUCUAUUCCAUGCCAUUGACCUUUUUGCUAUGUUGCUGUGGUUGCGGGCUACCUCUCAAAGAUGUCUGGAACUAUUCGCGCCAGCUUCCACAGAACAUCCUGCAUGGCAUUCGGUGCAAGACCAAGUCUAGAAAAGACCGUAAAUACCAUCAAGACUUGGUAGCUGGACUCAAUACACCCAUUCCAAGGCCGACAGGCAUUCAAUCGGGACAACACGAGCAGCCUCAAUCGUGUCUAUUCCGACUACCACUGCAAGUGCGCUUGCGCAUAUGGGAGUACUGCGUUGGUCAGAGGUUCAUCUAUGCGCCCAUCUACAACCGCAGUCGUCAUCACUUUGUGGCACGUGUUGCUCCGUAUCGAGAGCCUACACGUUCUCAAUCAGACCUUGCCGAUUCUUUGGCUUCCGCUUGGCGACCUCUAGACAUGAUCUUGCUACCUAAUGUACCGCCAGAGCCGGAGUUGAUAGAACCGAAACAUUCAGUGGCAUUUGGUAGCUUCGGAUCCUUUAUUGUGAACGAACAAACCGUUGCUUCUAGCACAAGAUGGAAAAGCUCAGAGCUCCUCUCGAGCUGUAAGGCUAUACACACCGAAGCUACUCUUGUUCUACUCUCACACAAUGCAUUUUCGUUUACAUAUCUACCGCAUUUAUCUGCGUUCAGAAUACAUCAAGGUCCAAGUUGGCACUACUUGCGCUUUCUGCACCUAGAUCUCAUCCUCGGCCCAUCCGUCAACAUUCCAGGUGUCGUCGAUCGGGCUGCCUGGAGAGCAUUAUGGACUAUGAUGUCCAGGGAGAGUACUGGUCUGCGGGCGUUGGAUGUCGACAUCCAUGUUCCUAUGAAUCAUACCGUUGAACGAUGGCUUACUUAUCGUGGCGAAGGCUGGGGCGCUCGCGAUCGAUUCUUUCAGAGCCUCCCAGAUUGGGCGGAUGAUUUAAAGGUGCUUCACGAUAUUCGACAUGCCAGAUUUGAAGUGGAUGCUGAGCGACUUGGUGAAUUUCGUGAUUAUAAAACUUGGUCUUAUGCUACAAGUGUCUUGAAAUUUCGCGAACGAGUGGCUCAUGACCGGCAAAGGAUGAUAGAGGCAGCUGCUUCUACUUCUUCGAUUUGA